GUUGCGUGAGAAACUGGGUCUCAGCUUGGUCUCCCAUCAUUCCUCGCGCGUGAGUUCUGUGUUGGCGGGAAAUUUCGAGGCGCGAAGAAGUUGUAAUUUGUUCGAACGAUCGAACGAGAAAUCGUGGCAAUAUUAUCGCUUGCAACUAACAAGACGAUCGUUCAAUUUGGCCAAUAGCACCCAGCACUAUGCCAGUCGACGUGAAGCCACUUCGGUUUGCUCACAGCGAAGGAUUAACUGAUGUUUGUUACGAUGAAUCCGGCGACCAUUUGCUGACAUGUGGCUCUGAUGGAGAUAUCAGAAUAUAUAAAGGAUUUGACGAUAGCGACCCAGAAUCUAUCCAGGCAGGGGUUCAAGUUAAUGCUGUCCUGGUGAAGGGAAAAAGGAUUUUUGCAGCACCCGAUGAUUUUGCUGUUCAAGCUUUUACCUUCCCUGAGGGCGCUCCUGAUGGAAUUCUUGCAAGAUUUACUGCAUCUGUCAAUCACAUGUGUUUGAACCAAUCAAGAACACUUCUAGCUGCUGGGUCAAGUGACUUCAGUAUCAAAGUUGUGUCGCUAGAUGACAACACCCAGAAAUCCUUCAAGGGACACGAAGCCCCUGUGAUGGGAGUCACACUGGACCCUAAGGAUGAAUAUAUGGCAUCAUCUAGCUGUGAUGGGUCUGUGAAAAUAUGGAAAAUGGUUGACCAGUCUGUUGUCAAGUCACUAAAUCUACUGCCAAAAUUCAAUGACCCAAGUGCUUCAAAGUCCCUGGAAAGGCUUGCUUGGCAGUCAGUGAGUGGAAAGUAUCUUGCUAUACCUGUCGACAAAGAGCUUAAGGUUUAUGAGAGAGACUCUUGGGAAGUUAAAUUUUGUUUGUCAAGUGAUGAAUGCUUUGAGGCUAUUUCCCUGGUUUCCUGGUCUUCUUGUGGGAAUUUUCUGGCAAGUGCUAGUAUAGAGGGUCAAAUCAUUAUCUGGAAUAUCAACACCCAGUCUGCAGUGGAAAUUAUCAAGCAAGAGAACAGUUCACCUCUUUGCAAUAUUGUCUGGCAUCCAAGUGGAAAGAGGGAGAUUGCAUAUGUUGAUAAUCAGGGACAGUUUGGAGUUUGUGAAAAUGUUGUUCCAGGAUCUGCAUUAACAAAAAACAAGAUCUCCAGUAUUGAUGCUAAUGAUGCAAUGGUUGACAGUGACAAUGACUCUCUGGUUGCAACAAAGCGCCUCAGGGUCAAAUCUGCUUGGAUUGAUGAUGAAGCAGAUGAUGAUGAUGAAGAUGAUGAAUUUAAAGACAUUCGUAAACUGAAAGAGCAGUUAGCUGCUCCCCUAGACUUUCCUGAAGACAUUGAUGCUGAUACAGCAAGUGAAGUUUCUGCUGCAAGAAAGACUACUGUUGUUCAUGUUCCGGUCACACCUACUCUUCAACCAGCAUUCCAGCCUGGCUCAACACCAUCUCACCUUAUGCACCGAUUUAUGGUUUGGAAUUCAAUUGGUAUAAUACGAUGCCACAAUGAUGAUGAGCUGUCAUCUAUUGAAGUUGAAUUCCAUGACACCAGUACCCAUCAUCCAUUACAUUUAACCAACCACUUUAACCACACAAUGGCUGCACUGUCCUCCAAUGCAGUUCUACUUGCAUGUAAAGGACAGGAUGACCUACCCAGCAAAAUGGUCUGCUUGCAUUUUGGUAGCUGGGACAGCUCUAAAGAAUGGACCGUUGAGAUGCCUCCAGGAGAACACAUUGAGGCUAUUGCUGUUGGUAGUACAUGGGCUGCUGUUGCCACAAGCAAGCUGAUGGUACGCAUCCUGACAAUAACUGGAAUUCAGAGGCAGGUCUUCAGCCUUCCUGGUCCAGUGGUGGCCAUGUCUGGUCAUUUAAACCAAUUGGUGCUUACAUACCAUGCUGGAAAUCCACUACCUGAUGAGCAGGCAUUGGGAGUGAAGGUACUGGAUCUCGCAGCCGGCAGACAGACGGUCAACGACCAGAGACUCACCAUCAGCAAAAAGUCAACGUUGUCAUGGAUUGGUUUUUCAGAGGAAGGUACCCCUACCACUGCUGACUCCAUGGGUGUGGUCAGAAUGCUUAAUCGUUCAUUUGGUAACACAUGGGUACCAGUGUUAGAAACCAAGGGCCAGUUAAAGUCCAAAUCUGAUAACUAUUGGGUCUUGGGUAUGGAGGAGCGAACUCAACAACUCAGGUGUGUUCUUUGCAGGGGGAGUAGUUAUCCCCCAACCCUGCCACGUCCUGUUCUUGUGCUUCUACCUCUUAAGAUUCCUUUGUGUGAGAUGGCUACCGACAAAGGUGAAAAGGAGGAGAGUUACCUUAAAUCAUGUCUUUUGUCAAAUCAUUUCACCUACUGCCAAAAGCAAGGAGAGGAUAUAGAGGAAGAAGCAGAGCAGCAAGCAAGAACAGCACAAAUCCAAACUAUAAUGAGACUUUUUGCUCUGGCCUGCAAGACAGAUCGUGAAUUCAGGGCUGCUGAGUAUUGUGAAUUGCUCCCCGAUCAGCGUUCUGUAAGUCUUGCCAUCAAAUACGCAGCAGGAAAUAGAAAAAUGAACCUUGCACAGCGGCUGAAUGACUUGGCCUUCCAAAAGGCCCAGGAGGAGGCUGAAGAGGUCUGUGAUGAUGAUGAGCAGUUGAACUGGCCGCCAAGAAGAGCCCAAAACACUGUGUCUUCUGUAAGAAGAGGCAGCUCUCGACAACGUGAAGUCAACAACGAUGAAGAUCAGAUGGAGGUAGCACACGAGGAUUCAGAUGACGAACGAGAUAUGACAGGGAGAAGACGGGGUUCAGAGCAAGAUGAAGUCAUCAAGCCUAAUCCCCUGUUGAGGCGUUCCCUUCCUAAACCGGACCACCCCACCCCAUCCCCCUCCUAUAGCUCGUGUGCAAGCCAGGGCCGACCCAACCCCUUCAAGGUCCUCAGCCCCAGCAAGCGUAGCAUGGGUGCAUGCGGGAAAAGCUUCUUCCAGAGCGUGGAAGACGAAAAGAAGACAGCCUUAGCUACUAAGGCAGCCAAAAUAUCGCCAAAAUCCAACUCCAAGGCGAGGAAAUCGAAGCAAAUGACUCUCCAAUCGAAAGUCGGCAACCAAAUUAAAGCAGACAGGCCUGAUGAGAAAGCUGACCGACAAACCAAGAAGAAAAAUGGCUUCAGUCUGUGGCUGGAGGAAAAUCGUGAUCAGAUCGAGGAAGAGAAUCCGGAUAUCCCGGACGAAGACGUCGUCAAGAUUGCCAUGAAAACGUGGAAAGGUCUCGACAGCGUGGAAAAGAAGGUGUGGAAUGAGAAGGCGAAAGGGAAUGCAGGAGAGACGGAAGAAAAGAAACGCAAGCGAGAGAAUGACGAAAAUGACGCAGAAAAUUCACAAAGCUCCGAGCAUGAUAGCAUGUCGAAAAAGAUCAAAUCAGGAGGAACUGUUCGGUCAUCUCGAGAUCUGUCUGGUUUCUCCUACUCAAAAAAUUGAUAUCUUGUCUGAAAAGUGGCGUUACAAUUGUAAACGUUGAAAAACAACUCCCGAAAAGAUUAAGUUUGUAUAUUUUAA